UUGGCGUACCGGAAGUGACAUCACGACGUCAACAAGUAAGAUGGCGACGCAUCACAGGCAGAAUGCAGCGGGGCGCAGGAAAGUGCAGGUGUCAUACGUGAUCAGAGACGAGGUGGAGAAAUAUAAUCGUAAUGGAGUCAACGCACUACAGCUGGAUCCAGCUCUUAACCGGCUCUUCACCGCCGGACGAGACUCCAUCAUCAGGAUAUGGAGCAUUAACCAGCACAAGCAGGAUCCGUACAUUGCAUCGAUGGAGCAUCACACAGACUGGGUCAACGACAUCGUCCUCUGCUGCAACGGGAAAACAUUGAUAUCAGCGUCAUCAGACACUACGGUGAAGGUCUGGAACGCACACAAGGGCUUCUGCAUGUCAACACUGCGAACGCAUAAGGACUAUGUUAAAGCAUUGGCAUAUGCUAAAGACAAAGAGCUGGUGGCUUCUGCAGGACUGGACAGACAGAUCUUUCUCUGGGAUGUGAACACACUGACCGCGCUGACCGCGUCCAAUAACACCGUUACUACGUCUUCUCUCAGCGGAAACAAGGACUCCAUCUAUAGUCUGGCCAUGAAUCAGAUGGGGACGGUUAUAGUGUCAGGAUCCACUGAAAAGGUUCUGAGAGUGUGGGACCCGCGAACCUGUGCCAAACUAAUGAAACUGAAAGGACACACGGACAACGUCAAAUCCCUGCUGCUCAACAGAGACGGGACUCAGUGUCUCUCAGGGAGCUCAGACGGGACGAUCCGGCUCUGGUCUCUGGGUCAGCAGAGGUGUAUCGCCACGUACCGCGUUCACGACGAGGGCGUCUGGGCGCUGCAGGUCAACGAGGCGUUCACGCACCUGUGGAGCGUGAGCAGGUAAUAGGAAGGAAGGCAAAGUUACUGAGGUGUGAAUGUGUGCUCUCCUGUCUUUCAGAUGGAGCUGGACCGCUCGGCUGAUCCGCAUUCGGCCAUCUGGGUUUCCACCACAAAGUCCACGGUUAAUAAGUGGUCUCUGAAGGGUAUCCAUAAUUUCCGAGCGUCUGGAGAUUAUGACAAUGACUGCAGCGCUCCGCUGACGCCGCUGUGCACGCAGACAGAGCAGCUGAUCAAAGGUGGCGCCAGUAUAAUUCAGUGCCACAUUCUGAACGAUAAACGACACAUUCUGACCAAAGACACCAACAAUAACGUGGCGUAUUGGGAUGUGCUGAAGGCCUGUAAAGUCGAAGACUUGGGCAAGAUGGAGUUUGAUGACGAGAUCAAGAAAAGGUUCAAGAUGGUUUAUGUGCCGAACUGGUUUUCGGUGGAUCUGAAGACAGGGAUGUUGACGAUAACGCUGGACGAGAGCGACUGCUUUGCAGCCUGGGUUUCUGCUAAAGACGCUGGAUUCACCAGCCCUGACGGAUCCGACCCUAAACUGAAUCUGGGCGGGCUGCUGCUGCAGGCUCUGCUGGAGUACUGGCCUCGCACUCACAUCAACCCCACGGACGAGGAGACCGAACUCAAUCAUGGGAGCGUGAACGGUGAGCACGAGAGCCGGAUACAGAAGGGAAACGGAUAUUUCCAGGUGCCGCCGCACACUCCGGUGAUUUUCGGUGAAGCGGGAGGAAGGACGUUAUUCAGGCUGCUGUGUCGAGACUCAGGUGGAGAAACUGAGUCCAUGUUACUCAACGAGACGGUCCCGCAGUGGGUCAUCGACAUCACCGUGGACAAAAACAUGCCCAAAUUCAACAAAAUCCCGUUCUACCUCCAGCCCCAUUCGUCCUCCGGAGCAAAAACAUUAAAGAAGGAUCGUUUGUCGGCCAGUGACAUGUUACAGGUGAGGAAGGUGAUGGAGCACGUGUAUGAAAAGAUCAUAAACCUGGACAGCGAGUCGCAGACGGGUGGUUCGGCCGCAGAGAAACCCAGCGAGCAGAAGGAGGAGGAGGACAUGGCAGUGCUAGCGGAGGAGAAGAUCGAGCUGCUCUGUCAAGACCAGGUUCUGGAUCCCAACAUGGAUCUGCGGACGGUGAAGCAUUUCAUCUGGAAGAGCGGCGGCGAUCUGACGCUCCAUUAUCGGCAGAAAUCCACGUGAGGUCCCGGCCCGUCUGAGGAAACUCCAUUCAUUACACUUCACAUUCAAAGCACACACUCACCUGCACUUCCCGGUUCUGUCUGACGUCUACAUCAUCUUCCUCGCACGGGCCGCUCGGCUCACGCAUGAUUAUCAAAGAGCAAACGCGAAGGAGGAUCGCUGGAAAACACGCCGAUGAAUGGCAAAAAGACGUCACAUAAAAGUGUUUUUUGUCACCUGUAUGGUUUUUUUAUUUUUUAUUUUUCUUGGCAUGAAUUCUCUUUGGAUGGAUGCCAUUUUGAACAUGUCAGAGAUGUUUUUUGUUUUUUACCGCUACUUUCUCCUCUUCUCAUUUAACAUUCCAGUGAUGUGUUUGUUGCCAGUGCCGUCAUCAAAGCCGAGGAACCGAGAAUCUUUAAGGAGCGCCGCGUAGAUGGACCGAAUGUCUGAGAAAAAUCCAAGAACGCCGUUUCCCGUGAUGCAUCUCUCUCUCACUAACGUGCUGUGAUCUGUUAUGUACAUAUAUUGUAAUUAUUUUGUAGUCGACUUGAACUUGAGUUGGAGAUUAGGAGGUUUUUAUUUACGUUUCUUUUUAAGAAAAUCUACGGUCUCUUCAAAAAGGUGCUUUUUCAUGUAAAAUACGAUGACAGAAGAGUAGAGAGCAGAAAUACUCUAAACAUUAUAAGCAGACAUAGAAACAAAUGGUUUAUAUUUCACCCAAAAAUGAAAAAUUGCUGGAAUGUGUUCACGCUCAGGGCAUCCGAGAUUA